UACAAUUGCAAAUUAAUAUGGCAGCAGCACUAGAUUGUGCUUUCUCCACUUUCACCUUCACAACUGGAUGUUCUAGUUACGAUGUGUUCCUCAACUUCAGGGGAGAAGAUACUCGUAAUAACUUAACUGGCUUCCUUAACUCAGUGAAAAGUUGUGGAUUGGAGAAGCUAUCUGCCCAGCUUUGUGUAGAGCAAUCGAUGGGUCCAAAAUCUCCAUCCCUGUAUUCUCCCAAGGAUAUGCAGACAGCAAAUGGUGCCUGCUGGAACUUGCUCAGAUUUAUGAGUGCCACAAAUCCAACCGUCAACUGGUCUUUCCUAUAUUCUUCAACGUUGAGCCGUCGCAUGUUCGGAAUCAGACCGGAAGUUUUGAAGAAGCAUUUCGGCAGCACGGGAAGAAUUUUGAACCACAAACCGUUGAGAGUUGGAGGAAAGCUUUGAAAGAAAUUGGAGGUUUGAAAGGAGAAGUUAUUGAUAAGAACAAGUAAGUCU